AUGGCUUCUUUCCUUUCAGUAAACAUGUGCCUCCCUACCAUUCAGCAGCAUUCAACUCGGAGGAGUCAGGUUGUAGAUCAAGCACAACCCAGGUGUUUUGAUGUGUCAAGAGGAGCAUCGUCGCGUCGCCUUGUUGUUUUAGGUUGUGGUGGAGCUUCAUUGUUUUCAUGUGUGAUGAUUAACUGUAUUUUAUCGCCAUUAGUAGCUUUUGCUGGAGAGGAAUCGAAAGCUGAGGAGGAGAAAGACGAGGGUUUGAUUGGGGCAUUGAAAUCCUUGUUUGAUCCUAAUGAGAAAACAAAAUCCGGUAAAGUGUUGCCGAAAGCAUAUUUGAACUCAGCAAGAGAGGUUGUGAAGACAUUGCGAGAAUCACUGAAAGAGGAUCCCAAGGAUAUGGCUAAGUUCAGAAGAACUGCUGAUGCAGCCAAGGAGUCAAUUAAAGGCUAUAUAAAUGAUUGGAAAGGGCAAAAGACAGUAGUUAAUGAGGAAUCAUAUGUGAUGCUUGAGAAAGCAAUAAGAUCCCUUGCCAACUUUUACUCUAGGGCAGGUCCUUCAGCCCCUUUACCAGAGGAUAUCAAGUCUGAAGUUCUUAGUGAUUUAGACAAAGCGGAAGAGUUUCUGUAG